AUGUGGCCGGCCGCAGGGAUUUAUCGCCGCACCCUUGGGGGCCCCCUAGACUCCACCCCCCCCACCCCGGCCAUGGCGGCUGCAGCCCUGGCCACCACCCUCCUGCUCCUCACGGGAGCCCUGCUGCCCUCCGGGGAAAAGAGCACCCAGAGGAAACUGAGAAACGGGGACAGGUGCUACCACCACUCGGAGUGCUACAGUGACUGCUGCCUGGUGGACUGGGACUUCGGGGGGGCCUACUGCGCAGCCAAGGGCAGACUGGCCACCUUGUGCCUGCCCCAGACCAAUGGAGCCGUGAACAUCAUGUGCCCCUGCCGCGCGGGCCUGACCUGCUCCUCCAAGGACCUGCUGUGCCCCCACCGGUGCUAUCUGAUAUAG